UUUGAAGCUUUUCCAAAACUUCUUUUGCAGCCAUCUGAGGUUUCUGAAGACUUCGGUGAUUGAUUGUUGAAGCUUUUCCAGAACUGCUUUUGCAUCCAUUUGUUUACGAAGGUAGGAGCUGUGCUGCCAUGGGACCCAAGAAGACUGCUGCUGCAGAGGCCGGCGAGAGGAAGAAGGAGAAGGUGACGCUGGAAAUGAAGAAGGAGAUCAUCUGGAAGCACGACGGCGGAAUGCGUGUGACGGACCUCGCCAGGGAGUACGGGAGGAAUCCAUCAACCAUCGGGACCAUCCUGAAGAUGAGGGAGAAGAUCAUGGCGACUGAUGCAGCCAAGGGAGUCACCAGGAUCGUGAAGAACCACCCAGCUGUUCUGGAGGAGGUCGAGAAGUUGCUGCUCAUCUGGUUAGAAGAGAAGCAGCGUGCAGGGGACACAGUGACUGAGGCCGUCAUUUGUGAGAAGGCCAAGGCCUUGCACGCAGACCUCGUCCGGGAACAGCCAGGAACCUCAGGCGAGCCAGAAGUCUUCAAGGCAAGCAGAGGUUGGUUUGACCAGUUCAAGACAAGAUCUGGAAUCCACAGCGUGGUCAGGCAUGGAGAGGCUGCCAGUUCUGAUGUUCCUGCGGCUGAAGACUUUGCAGUGGAGUUCCUGGAGGUUGUGAAGACGGAGGGCUACGUUCCACAGCAGGUCUUCAACUGCGACGAGACCGGGCUGUUUUGGAACAGGAUGCCCAAAAGGACUUUCAUCACUCAGGAGGAGGCCAAGUUGCCUGGCCACAAGCCCAUGAAGGACCGUCUGACCCUGCUCUUCUGUGCCAACGCAAGCGGCGACCUGAAAAUCAAGCCCCUGCUGGUGUACCACUCGGAGAACCCACGGGCCUUCAAGAGACACAAGAUCGACAAGGAGCAGCUGAGUGUCGUGGCGAUCCAACAGUAAGGCUUGGGUCACACGUGUGCUGUUUGUGGACUGGGUCAAUCUUGCUUUUGGCCCUGCUGUCAAACAGUACCUGCUGGACAACGACCUGCCGCUGAAGGCUUUGCU